AGAUCUCUGGGGGCGGGGAUGCAGGGAGUGGGAAAAGCGGAGCCCGGCUAGGUGACCAGUCCAGAAAGCCGCCUGCUCCUGGGAGCCAAAUCAACUCCCUUUCUACCGCUGAGGCGAGGCCUCCAUGGAGCGGUUCCUGGCCCAGUUGUGCGGCACCAGCGCGUUGCAGCCGCUGCCUGUGUGGGAGGGGGACACCACCGGCCACUGCUUCACCCAGCUGGUGCUCAGCGCCCUGCCCCACGCGCUCCUCGCUGUGCUCAGUGCCUGCCACUGGGGCAACCCGAGGAAUCCAGGUUACAUCCCACGCUGCAGUCCUGGCUGGCGGGUCCGACUUGCAGCCUCCUUCGUGCUCUCCAUUUUUCCACUGCUAGACCUCUUUCCGGUCGUUUUGCCACCAGGGGCAGGCCCAGGGCCCAUAGGGCUAGAGGUGCUGGCCGGGGGCGUGUCAGCUGUGGCCUGGAUCAGCCACAGCCUGGCCCUGUGGGUGUUGGCUCAUUCCCCUCAUGGCCGCUCCCGGGGGCCCUUGGCCUUGACUCUGACUGCCUUCCUGCCAGCCCCAGCCCUAGUGCUGACCCUGCUAUGGCACUGCCAGCGAGGCACACUUCUGCCUCCACUUCUCCCAGGGCCCCUCUCCCGCCUAUGCCUUCUCAUCCUGCAGCUGGCUGCACUCUUGGCCUAUGGACUGGGCUGGGCAGUCCCUGGGCGGCCACAGGAACCCUGGGCCCAGGAGCCCCUCCUCUCCGAGGGACAGGAACCCGAGGUAGCUGAAGAUGGGGAGAGCUGGCUGUCACGCUUUUCCUAUGCCUGGCUGGCACCAUUGCUGGCCCGUGGGGCCCGUGGAGAGCUCCGGCAGCCCCAGGACACUUGCCGCCUCCCCGACAGGCUGCACCCAACCUACCUAGCCCGUGUCUUCCAGGCACAAUGGCAGGAGGGGGCCCGAAUGUGGAGGGCCCUGUAUGGGGCCUUGGGGCAGCGCUACCUGGCACUUGGACUGCUGAAGCUGGUGGGGACCAUGCUGGGAUUCUCAGGACCCUUGCUACUGUCCCUACUGGUGGGCUUCCUGGAGGAGGGGCAGGAGCCUCUAAGCAAUGGCCUGCUCUAUGCCCUGGGGCUGGCCGGUGGGGCCGUUCUGGGCGCCGUGCUGCAGAAUCAGUAUGGGUAUGAGGUGCGGAAGGUGACACUUCAGGCACGGGGGGCUGUGCUGAACAUCCUGUACCGAAAGGCUUUACAGCUGGGGCCCAGACGCCCUCCUUCUGGGGAGGUCCUGAACCUACUAGGCACCGACUCUGAGCGGCUGCUCAACUUUGCUGGGAGCUUCCAUGAGGCCUGGGGCCUGCCCCUGCAGCUGGCCAUUACCCUCUACCUGCUGCACCAGCAGGUGGAUGUGGCCUUCGUGGGUGGUCUGAUCCUGGCACUGCUGCUGGUUCCCGUCAACAAAGUGAUUGCCACCCGAAUCAUGGCCAGCAACCAGGAGAUGCUACAGCACAAGGAUGCGCGGGUUAAGCUCGUGACAGAGCUGCUGAGUGGCAUUCGUGUCAUCAAGUUCUUCGGGUGGGAGCAGGCGCUGGGGGCCCGUGUAGAGGCCUGCCGAGCUCGAGAGCUGGGGCGACUCUGGGUCAUCAAGUACCUGGAUGCAGCCUGUGUGUACCUGUGGGCUGCCCUGCCAGUCGUCAUCUCCAUCGUCAUCUUCAUCACCUACGUCCUCAUGGGGCACCAGCUCACUGCCACCAAGGUGUUCACGGCCCUGGCACUGGUGCACAUGCUUAUUCUUCCCCUCAACAACUUCCCUUGGGUGAUCAAUGGCCUCCUGGAGGCCAAAGUGUCCCUGGACCGGAUCCAGCGUUUCCUCGACCUUCCCAACCACAGCCCCCAGGCCUACUACAGCCCAGAUCCUCCGACAGAGCCAUCUACAGCCUUGGAGCUACAUGAAGCCCUCUUCUCCUGGGACCCAGUUGGAACCAGCCAGGAGACCUUCAUCAGUCACCUCGAAGUGAAGAAGGGUAUGCUGGUGGGCAUCGUGGGGAAGGUGGGCUGCGGGAAGAGCUCACUGCUGGCUGCCAUCGCGGGAGAGCUGCACAGGCAGCGUGGGCGGGUGGCAGUGUGGAGGCUGUCCAAAGGCUUUGGCCUGGCCACCCAGGAACCCUGGAUCCAGUUUGCCACCAUCCGAGACAACAUCCUCUUUGGGAAGACGUUUGAUGCCCAGCUGUACAAGGAAGUGCUGGAAGCCUGUGCCCUCGACGAUGACCUCAGCAUCCUGCCUGCUGGGGACCAGACAGAGGUGGGGGAGAAGGGUGUGACCCUCAGCGGGGGACAGCGUGCCCGGAUUGCCCUUGCUCGUGCCGUCUACCAGGAAAAGGAGCUCUAUCUCCUCGAUGACCCUCUGGCCGCCGUGGAUGCGGACGUGGCCAACCACCUGCUGCACAGGUGCAUCCUGGGAGUGCUGAGCCACACCACGCGGCUGCUGUGCACCCACCGCACCGAGUACCUGGAGAGGGCUGACGUGGUGCUGCUCAUGGAGGCUGGGCGCCUCGUCCAGGCUGGGCCCCCCUCUGAGAUCCUGCCAUUGGUACAAGCUGCCCCCAAAGCCUGGGCUGAGGAUGGACAAGAGUCUGACCCAGUCACAGCCCAGUCAGUACAGAACCCAGAGAAAACAAAGGAGGGGCUGGAGGUGGAGGAGAGCACGUCUGGCCGCCUGCUGCAGGAAGAAAGCAAGAAGGAGGGCGCCGUGGCCUUCCACGUGUACCGCGCAUACUGGAGGGCCAUGGGCUGGGGCUUGGCCCUCGCCAUCCUCUUCUCUCUGCUCCUCAUGCAAGCAACCAGGAACUCGGCUGACUGGUGGCUCUCCCACUGGAUCUCUCAGCUGGAGGCUGCCAAGAAUAGCUCCCAGGAGGCGCCAGCUCCCAGCAGCCUGGGCUCCGCAGGGCCACUGUCUGCCCAGUUGCUCUCCUUCUCCCCCGGAAGCCUCUACACCUCAGUGUUCCCACUGCCCAAAGCUGCCCCCAAUGGCUCCUCAGACAUCCGUUUUUACCUCACCGUGUAUGCGACCAUUGCUGGCGUCAACUCCCUCUGCACCCUUCUCCGGGCAGUGCUCUUUGCAGCGGGCACCCUCCGAGCAGCUGCCACCCUGCACCACCGCCUGCUGAGUCGAGUCCUCAUGGCGCCAGUGACUUUCUUCGACUCCACGCCCACGGGCCGGGUCCUCAACCGCUUUUCCUCCGACGUGGCCUGUGCGGAUGACAGCCUGCCCUUCAUCCUCAACAUCCUCCUGGCCAACGCGGCAGGCCUGCUGGGCCUUCUGGCUGUGCUGGGCUCUGGCCUGCCCUGGCUGCUGCUGCUGCUGCCGCCUUUGAGCCUCAUCCACUGUCGCGUGCAGCGCCACUACAGGGCCUCCUCGAGGGAGCUGCGGCGCCUGGGCAGCCUCACCCUGUCUCCUCUCUACACCCACCUGGCCGACACCUUGGCCGGCCUCCCUGUGCUCCGGGCCACCGGCACCACCCACAGGUGUGUGAGGUCCGCCUCCUCCAACCAGUGCGAGGUCAGCUCCGAGGAGGAGGCAUUCUACGGGCAGGGAGUCUGGACGGGUCGGUGCAGCUGUGGCGUGGCCUCCCCCAGGUUUGAGGAGGAGAACCAGAGACUCCUGGAGCUAAACCAGAGGUGCCAGUUUGCUGCCAGCGCCACGAUGCAGUGGCUGGACAUUCGGCUACAGUUCAUGGGGGCCGCAGUGGUCAGCGCCAUCGCAGGCAUCGCCCUGGUGCAGCACCAGCAGGGCCUCGCCAACCCAGGACUCGUGGGCCUGUCACUGUCCUACGCCCUGUCCCUGACGGGCCUGCUCUCCGGCUUGGUGAGCAGCUUCACACAGACAGAAGCCAUGCUGGUGAGCGUCGAGCGGCUGGAGGAAUACUCCUGUGACCUGCCCCAGGAGCCCCAGGGCCAGCGGCCGCAGCUGGGCAUUGGCUGGCUGAGCCAGGGGAGCGUGGAGUUCCAGGAUGUGGUGUUGGUGUACCGGCCAGGGCUGCCCAAUGCCCUGGAUGGGGUGACCUUCUGCGUACAGCCUGGAGAGAAGCUGGGCAUCGUGGGCCGCACGGGCUCUGGCAAGUCUUCCCUGUUGUUGGUGCUCUUUCGGCUGCUAGAGCCCAGUUCUGGGCGAGUGCUGCUGGACGGCGUGGACACCAGCCAGCUGGAGCUGGCCGAGCUCAGAUCCCAGCUGGCUAUCAUCCCCCAGGAACCCUUUUUGUUCAGUGGAACUGUUCGGGAAAACCUGGACCCCCGGGGUCUGUAUGAGGACAGGGCCCUGUGGCAGGCCCUGGAGCAGUGCCACCUGAGUGAGGUGAUCAUAUCUAUGGGUGGUCUGGAUGGUGAACUGGGCGAGGGGGGCCGGAGCUUAUCUCUGGGGCAGAGGCAGCUGCUGUGUCUGGCCAGGGCUCUCCUCACAGAUGCCAAGAUCUUGUGUAUCGACGAGGCCACAGCAAGCGUGGACCAGAAGACAGACCAGCUGCUCCAGCAGACCAUCUGUAAACGCUUUGCCAACAAGACAGUGCUGACCAUCGCCCACAGGCUCAACACGAUCCUGAACUCGGACCGGGUGCUGGUGCUGCAAGCCGGGAGGGUGGCGGAGCUGGACUCCCCCGCCGUCCUGCGCAGCCAGCCCCACUCACUGUUCCAGCAGCUGCUGCAGAGCAGCCAGCAGGGAGCCCGCUCUUCUCCCUGAGGGCCCCGAGUCCCCGCCCCACAGGGCCUCCCUCUGUCCUACCCACUGCUGCCUGGCACAGGGGGGGCCUGCCGCUUGUUUACACCCCUCUGUGGCUCUACCUCUCUCACCUCCGCAGAGGGGAAAAGGGUACCCUGGGUUCCUCUUUACAAACCACUCCUUCUCGGGGGCAGUGUCCCGCGGCUUCCCCAGAAGCAGGCCUCUGCUCUGGCCCUCUUGCGUCUGGGACUCCAGGCGGAUUUUUUCUGGCAAAGGAGCCCACAUGCACUUCCAUAGUUUUAUUUGAUAAAAUUCCCAUCUUACACUCUGUGUAUUAAAAAAAUAAUAUUUCUGGCAUGA